AAAAUAUUGAAAUAUUAAAAAAAGAAAUCACAUAAAAGUAAACAGAAAGUAGGUGCAGGAGGUGUCAGUGUACCUUACAUUUGUAUAUAUUUUUUUAAUUAUGUGAUUAUCAUUUACAAAGGAACAUUGCCAUAAAUAUAAUAAAUCCAAAUCGUAAAAAUGAGUGAUAGCACUACACCAAAAAAAACAGAAAACGAUCAAGAUAUCUCUAUUUCUCCAACUCCCCAACCUCCUUCGCCCCAAAAUUGGGUCAAAUUCGAAGAGGAUGCGUCGGAACAGAAAAAUUCGCCGGCUGUCAUAACGACAGAAAGUGUCCAAGUAAAUUUAGAAAGAAGUCUGAGCAAGUCCCUGGACAGCCCGAAUGUGGCUGUUCUAAAUCCUAAGCCUCUUCGUAAUGUGGAACUACCAGUGGCAACUGUGGAGCCCAUAAGACAGGGAUUCUCGAAUGGGGAUAUUAUUGUCACCCUACUUCCAGUCAAUGCACGUUUUCCUUGGAUUACUCCAGCUCAAUUCCGUCCGGAGUUAGUGCCUGAAGAGCUAAUGGCCCAGGGGCUAACUUUAACUGUAGAAGAAUACGUUCAAGCCUUGGAACUGUUAGUGAACGAUGUUCGUUUCUCAAUGUACAACAUCUGCUACAAGAGAGUGUUGGUGGUCUGGAUAACGGUAGCUUUUCUGGUCCUACUUGGUUUGCUUUUCUCUGGUCUAACGGGUCUUACUCUUUUCGGUCUAGGUAUAGGUUGGCUGUUUCUGAAUGCUGCUGCCAUUUUUCUGUCGAUAUAUUUGAAAUUUCGAUUGCAAAGGAACCUGGAGAAAUGUUUGGCCAACGUAAAUAAGCACUUGUUGAGACACAAAAUCGUAAUAGCUUUGGAUGAUCGAGGGAAAAUAAGCUGUCACAAAGUCACUCUGUGUUUCAUCUACAUGGAUUCCGCCCCCUGCAUAGCUCAGCUGCAUGCCAGUGUAGAGCAACAAGAGCGAGACCAAGCCAACGGAUGGGAACAGAGAAUGGAUAUCACUGCUAAUGAUAUCGUUAUACAGGGCAGCAGGACGACGAGAUUGUCAAGAAAACAGGAAAGAGCAACCCUUCUAUUUCUACGUUAUUCAUCACGUUGGGGGGGUGAGCUGGCCAAGGGUCGUUUGGUAAGCCCUCCGGCGGCAGGCGGCCGUCAUUGCUCUUGUCUUACAUGCCCAUGCCAGUUCAUCGAAGAGCACUUAUUCUGUAAACCUCCAGGCAAGUUGACAUGCAAAUCUUUUUUCUCGCUUCCAAAUCAAUCGACGGACCUAUGUCAUAUUCAAUGAAACUGUUACUUGUUUUGUGUAUUUCAUUUAUUAUUUGAUAUCUUCAAUUUCUUCUUGUUCGUUAGCCAGCGAACAAGAAUGAAUUGAAGAAUUUUCGAAUGGAGCGCAACACAUAUUUCAGUGAAUUGUUUUUCUGAAAUUAUCAUUUUAUACGUCUUUACCAAAGUAAUAAUGAACAAUGGCACUGAUUUUCGAAAUCUCCUGUUUUUUUUUUAUUCUAGCAGCUCUGUUUUGUUUUUAUAAUAUCUAUAAGUGUAUGUUGAUAUGUCUAACAUAUAUAGGGCUUGUAAAAGUGAUAUAUUCAAUUCACCUCUUCAUUGCUCUUGACAAAUAUGUUUGAAUUUUCAUCCUUGGUAUACAGUGUAGUCGAAUUUUAAACGGAACGGACUCAUUAUCACGAAGUGCCUCAAUAUUUUGAGAAGCACAAGGACUCGUCGAUUCUUCUGUCAAAGAAGAACACCUUUCUUGUGAUUCCUCCAGCUACACCCCAUAAGCGUGAGUAAAAAUCGUCCAGUAAUAUUUUAACGGCAUUUCUAGCCGCAGGAAAACUAAAUUCGACUUUUGGAAAGAUACAAACAACCAUUUUGAAAAGGCUGUUCGAUUUUCAUUUUCCGAAAAACCGUCUGGAUAUUCCAAACAAACAGAAUUAAUUCCAACUAGUUAUGAGCUCUGUCUGCAGUUGACUUAGUAGGACUUACUACAGCGCCACCUGCAGACAAAGUCCGGAAGCAACUCUGGUUCAAUCUGUUUGAAAUAACCUGCCCAGCAGUGAAGAGGAGCUAGUACUCCGAAACUGGUCUGUCAAUGGACAACCCUACUAAAUUAAUUUCAGCUUUUCACAUAUAGAAAGUUAUCUCGCGACUAAUAUUCCAAAUGAAAGACAUUGUACACGUGCCUGAUGGUUUUACUUCAGCUUUCUGCACGGUAUUAACUGUGUUAGCUGUUGUUUUUCCGGUGGGUAUCUGCCACGCGUACCUACAAAAUCGUAAGCAAGGGCUUGGUAUUUUUACCAGAGCCUGAGCAUAUCUGUUAUUGCUUUUUGUAUAAGAAUACGUUCUUCAAGACAAAUUAUGUUUCACUCUCCUGAAAUUCACGAUAGAAUUGAUUCAAUUCCUGAUAAUGGCUCUGUUUUGUUUUCUUUCGACCACCCUAUCUAGAUAUUGUUAUUUGUAAUAUACUCUUUACUUGGCAGUGGAAUCUCUUUAUCGCAGCUGAAUUUGAAAAGCAUGCAACUCUGACAAAAUUUGAGAAAAAAAUUAAUAUUUGAUCUUCACAAUUUGCAAAAUAUUACCUUAGCCCAACCAUAUGCUUAGGUAGGUUCAAUUCAUUUAUAGUAGUUCCUAAAAUACAUGAUGGAUGUGACAUUGGCUAACAAAAAUUUCAAUCUGUAU